AUGCAGAAACAUCCGGCGGCAAGUUCUGAAAGGUUGCCGACAAUCUUUGAGGGAACUCAGGAGGAGGAGGCUAGAGAUCGGCCUCUCGCGCCUGAUUUUCCUGGUCAUUUCCAGUCGGUCUUUGAGGAUUUGAAUGUAUAUCACUCCCAAGAAGAAUGUGUGAGCACAGAACCUGUGCAAAUCCACUCAGAGAAGGAAAAUGAUAGUCAUGUUGGGGAGAUUCUCUAUUUCAGCAAUGGGAGUAAUCUCAGGGAUGAAGAUCUUUAGAAACAAGAUUAUAGAGAGAAAUCUUCAGAUAUUGAUGCAGUGGCUUGUUUCUGGGUUUCUAAGUGACCUCCAGCUUGCCAAGAAGAAGGAAUAAACACACCCAUUCCACAGCAGAAGGAAAUUGAGAAGCAAAUUGAAAGUAGUGCUCCACUGGAAGAUCUCUCAAAAUAUGUGGACAUUGAUAUUGCUGCACUUUCUCGAGAUGAGAAAAAAAGACAUUGUACAUGUGCCUUAUGUGGGAAGCAGUUUUAUGAAAGUUCUAACCGUAUUUCCCAUCAGAGGAGUCACACUGGUGAGAUGCCCCAUGACUGUAGCCACUGUGAGAAAGGAUUCAAUCAUAAAACAAACCUUAAUAAGCACAAGUGAAUCCAUAUAGGGAAGAAACCCUAUUCCUGUACUCAGUGUGGAAAAUAUCAUCAGAAUUUUUGUCAGAAUUGCCAUAAAAGAAUUCAUGUAGGGAAGAAAAUAUUUAAGUGUUCAGAAUGUGGGAAAACCUUCCCAAAUGAAGAAUUUGUGCUUCACCUGCAGAGUGAUAUGACUGGGAGACCACACAGCUUCAAAAAACAUGGGAGAAGAUUCAGUCGGUUGUCAGUCCACAUUUGGUGCCAGAGAACUCACUCAGCUUCUACCACCCAGGAGCAGAAAUGGGAUCAGGAAAGGUCCUACCUCUGUCUGAAAAGUUUCACAAAGAAUUAUGAAUCUCAAAUAUUUAUUGAUUAA